GGCGGGUGAUGACGACAUAUUUCCACGACUUGUAGUUCCUGUCAGGCAGUGAGUUUUGUAGGUAAGCAAAUGAAACAUGCUAUCAAAAACGUAUAUAAUUCAAAGCAGCACAAAUGUGAAGGCAUAGGUUUUCUUAACGUUCGGCAUCUAAGAGGAGUAAACGCCUUAACUCGACGAAAGCUUGCGUAAAGUCGUAACACGUGAUUGGUUAGGCUAGUUAGCUACGUGGCUAAUUUCACAUGCUCUUUUGCAAACGUUAGUUAGCUAGGAUCACUGCCAUUCAAACUCGUCGUGGUUUAGGUAUUGUACGUUAGUGUAGUGCAGUUAAUCUUGUUUGGAGCACAUCGACUGCAGCAACGUUACUCGUAUGGCUGGCAGCAGGAUGAAACUGGAGCUGUCCCGUGUGGUUCAGGGCAGAAGUCGGCUGGGUGUCCUGAGGGGGCUCGGCAGGACGGGACAGCACUCUCUGGAAGUCCCGGGGUGUCUGCUGUACACACACUUUGGCACAGUGCCCCACCUCACCCAGGACACACUGCACACCCUGAGCAACCUCCCAUCUGUCACUCAGGUCACCCUGUCCAAUAUAGCAGAGCACCAAGAAGUGUUGGAGGAGUUUAAGGAUGGAUUCAGGAAGUUUGCAGGUCUUCACGAUACUGUGUUGUACUGCUCGCUUCACGACCCUGCGACCUUCUGCCCAACAGGUUAUACCACUAACAAGACGGUGUCAGUGUGGGGCAGCGGUGGGCGGAUAGAGCUGACAGUUGCCAAGUUCAUGGCUCUCCAGAAGACCGUGCAGCCAGACUGGUAUCAGAGCAUGGCAGACGGAGAGACGUGGCAGAACAACACCUCUCGCAAAAGGGUCCGAAAGUCGGUGGAUCGAACUCUCACCCACUUGGACGAGUGUCUGCUGGUGCACCAAAAAUCACAGGAAUUGGAAGGAGUGGAGGUGUUCGGGGUGGUGGAGGGAGGAGACAUCCUGGAAGAGAGGCUGCGCUCAGCCAAGGAGACGGCCAAGAGGCCUGUGGCGGGAUUCUGCCUGGACGGCCUCCAGACGGGCACCAUGGACCAGGCCCUGAGGACCCAGCUCAUCACUGCUGUGACCAAGGAGCUGCCUGAGGACAAACCCAGACUGCUGCAGGGUGUAGGACGGCCUGAUGAGGUGCUAGCAUGUGUGGAGGCUGGCGUGGACCUGUUUGAGAGUUUCUUCCCCUUCCAGGUGACGGAGCGAGGCUGUGCUCUUUGCUUCAGCUUUGACGUCUCCCCGGACCCGGAACGCGCAGGUAGAGCGCCCCCUGCAGUGCUGGAGCUGGAUGAAGAGAGGGACACAGCGGGGGAGACGCAACAGAAUGGAGGUCUUAAUCUUGAUGAUCAAACACAGAUGACAUCCUUUGAGAUCAAUCUCAAAGACAAGAGGUAUCAGGAUGACUUCAGGCCCCUGGUUGAUGGGUGUGGCUGCUACUGCUGUAAGAACCACCAGAGGGCGUACCUGCACCACCUGCUGGUGACCAAUGAGCUGCUGGCUGGAGUCCUGCUCAUGAUCCACAACACAGCCCACUAUCACAGCUUCUUCGACGCCCUGAGAGAAGCUCUGGCCAACGAUAAACUGGACCUCCUCAAGAGACGGGUACUUAGGGAGAAAGGGAGGUUAACUGAAGGUUUGAGCUGACAGCUCCACCAUUCCUGCUGCUGAGGAAGGAUAAAGAUCAGAUAAAGAUAUGGGUCUCUACUGCCUCCCAUGCAGCGAUGGAGGGAGGCUUUUUGAAGGUGAUGAGAUAUAAUUGACUGCCAGACCGUACAGAUGUUUGUUGGGGACAGGGGACACAGAGGAGAGUGUGACAGAUUUAUGGAACAGCAAUGGGCUUGUCUGUCGUACUUGUGGGUUACUUUAACAGCAUUGAGCAUUAUAAAGAAGUAGGUUGGAGGAUUUGCUGUCGUCAAUAGGUGGGAGCUGUGCAUAAAUACUUUUAGGCAUAAAAUGGGUUGGGAAAGAUGAAAAAUGAAACUCUAUCAAUGCCUGUGGGGAAAAUGGGUGAAAGCUAAAACAAGCUCUAGACCAUGGUUAUUUUAAGGUUUAAUGGGAUGGCAGUGGACAGAAGCCAGUGCGGAUAAGGUUGUAAAGUCAAUCCCCCAGAUUAGCUAGUGAAAACAGAUUAGGUAGUGAAUGGAUAUUGCCCUCCUUUUCCUGGAUAACUUUUUCUGUGGAGGUGUUCAGCAGCUAACACAAACUAAUGUUUCCUUGUGUGAUCUGACAAAAAUUAGUAUAAAAAGCAUGCUCAGUAAAUCUACCCUUUAUAUGUAAGUAUGCACUGGUCAAAAAGUUUUCAGUCUGGUUAUUGCAAUAAUUAGGUCUCUUUGAAGUUUUUGCUAAUGACUAUUGAGUUAAAUUGCUCCUAAUAAGUUUAGACUACCGGACUCCAUCCGAUUAUUCAUUUUGACAUGUUUAUCAAGAUUGUGACCUUCAACUAUAAUAGAAAGGGGGACAUAAGUGAUUGCAAUAAUAAUGAGAUACAGCACAAUGAAAUAGAAUAUAAAUAAGCACAACGCAGAUGGGGGGUUAAACACACCCCAGCUAGAAACAUAAGGGUAUAAGAAUGUGAACAGUAUUUGAAUUUAGAGCAUAUAAGAUACACCAGAGUUCAAAAUAUGCUAAAACAUUCAAGUUUUCUUAAGAAACGCUUCCAUUCAGGGCAAUUUGCUCAUUCCAGCUCAUACGAGGACAUUUUGUCAACUAUGCUAAGUCAAGAAAAUAACCAGACUAUAUAGAUCAUCUUAAAUUAAUUCACCAUAACACCCUGACAGGUGUGGCUCCUGUCUGAAAUGGUGUGAGUUUUAUUUGCAGUGCCACACAGGACACCAGUUCAGUUUGCAAGUAUAUAAUAGUAUAGUGUAUAAUAACUAUUAUUUCAAAGUUAUGGAAAUACCUUUAACAUUGUGGGAAUUCAUUUCCUUAAUGCACUUGUGGUGUGAAAAAGUGUUUGCCCCCUUCCUGAUUCCUUAUUUUUUCUUAUGAA